AUGCGGAAAAGGCCCGUUUGCUCCAUGAGAAACAAGCUGCUUGAAAUUCCUCUGGAGUUGUUUUGUGACUGUCCACCUGGUUUUUCUCUCUGUGUCUCCCGGCAGAAAAUGAUGCACCAGGUGACCAGCGGCGGGGGCAGCAGCGACUUCUGUCUGAGCGCCAUGACGGAGGACUGUCACCCGGCCGGCCACUUCGAUCUGUGUAGCACGCAGUCCAGCAAAUUCUACCCCUCUCCUGCAAAUCCGGCCUUGCAGCUGUCCCUGGCCGGCCUGGCCCCCCUGCCACAGGGCAUGCACAAAGUGGUGGCGUGUCAGCUGCAGGAGGCCCAGAGCGACUUCCAGCCCCAGGCGGUCAGGUUCCGGGCGGCGGAGGCCCAGGGGCCCGACGGCCCCAAGAAAAAGAAGGGAAUCGUCAAAUCGGGCCGGAGAGGCAGGCCGUCGGGGACCACCAAGUCGGCCGGGUACCGGACGAGCACGGGGCGCCCGCUGGGCACCACCAGGGCGGCCGGGUUCAAAACCAGCCCGGGGAGGCCCCUGGGCACCACCAAAGCGGCCGGGUACAAGGUCAGCCCCGGCCGGCCCCCCGGCAGCAUCAAGAGCCUGGCCCGCCUCAAGAAGCUAGAACUGGGCUGCGACGGCGGCAAAAAACUCGAUUUCAGCAACUGCAGCGUGCCCAAGAAACUGGACUUCACGAGCUGCGACGUUCCGCCGUUUCCGUACGGCGUGAUGGAGAAGGGAGAGCUCCGCGAGCCCAGCAGCAAAGCAGACGACUCCAGCAAAUAG